AUGCCGUUGAUCCUAGCCCGCCGGGCGCGGUGCAUCUUCCGCCAGCUCAACCUGCGCGAGACCCUGCCCGUCUCUACUCGUAUCUCUCUCGCCCCUAGCCAUGUUCGACGCGUCGCCCAAACCGCAAGCACCCGCCCCUCGCACCUGAUCGCAGCUGCGGGCUUGCCAAAGAGGACGCCCACCCGGGCAUUGGCCAAUUCCUACGCGACUGUCGGUCGUCCCAAGAAGAAGACAGGAAGGGCGAAGGCGAAAUCGGCCAAGAAGAGGACCGCCAGCAAGGCCAAGACUGCCAAAGCGAAGAAGGAGUUGACGCCAGAGCAGGUGGAGAGAUUGGAGGCCCGGAAACGGGCAGCAGAGAUCCGAGCGCUUAAGAAGGUCGCAUUGAAGGAGCCCAAGGGUCUCCCGACAUCGGGCUAUGUCCUCUGGAUUCAGGAAAAGAUGAAGGAGACCAAAGGCGGGCUGGAGGGAUUCCGCGAGCUGACCUCUGCGUACAAGACUCUGUCGCCUGAGGAACUGGAGGUUUGUAGCAGCACACCCUAUAAGCGCCAGGCAGAGUCGAAUAAGGCGGCUAAUGCCGCGGCGUACGAGUCCUGGGUGAAGUCUCACACGCCUCUCGAGAUUCGACAGGCCAAUCUUGCCCGGAGACGAUUGGCCAAGCUCACCGAGUCCUUCAAACAUCCCAUCAGGAUGAACCCGAUCCGAGACGACCGACAGGUCAAGGGGGUGCAAUCGUCGUUCCUCUUCUUCGUCGAAGAGCGAUUCAAGAGCGGCGAUCUGAAGCACAUGUCGAUCCGCGAAGCUACCAAGCGCAUUGCCGACGAGUGGAGGGGUCUGACCGAGCAAGAGAAAGAGGUGAGAUUGUCCAUCUAUCAAUUUUCCUGGUCCGGGGCUGAAACUGACGAGCGGACAACACAGAAAUACAAGAGACUCCAGGAAGCGGAUAGCGAGCGUCUAGGCUCGGGUUGGUACUCGUUAAUGUAUUUCUUACUGACAUUGAUAAUGUACUGUGAUCCUAGUCUGCUCUACCUGGCUAUGAAUAGCAGAAUAUCAUCUCAAAUCCAAGAGCCUAAUAUAAGCAGUGUUAGAAGUAUUGCCAACAUUGAUAAUAAUGCAGCAAGAUUUUGGCCCUGA